AAGGACUCCCAAGUCCCGAAGACCCAAUAGGGAAAUUAAAAAAAAAAAUGUGGAAACUUCAAUCAGAUCGGUACUCUCCCACUCGCAUCCUCAGCGAUCCCGCCAUCCAGUACGACUUUCCGGGUGACCGGUUUAUACCGAAUAGGAGUUUGAUGGAUCUUGAUCAAGCCCGCAGUCUGUUGACAAGCAGGAUUAAUAAAGCUUAUCACAAUCCCGGUUUUAGUGAACUGUACCGACAGAGAUUGGAGGAAAAGCUGACUCUGGAUUCAGAGGGGAGACCAUUCAGAAUGUUGGUUUUUAGGGGAAGCCCAAAAUCAAGUAGAAAAUCGAUUCGUCUUAUUGACGAAACGCGACGGGAGGAGGAAGAGGCAUUGGAUAAUAGUACAAAGGACAAUCAAUUUCGGUGUUUGCCCAAGAGAGAAUCUAGGAUUCUGGACGCUCCAAACAUAAUAAAUGACUUCUACCUCAACAUCAUGGAUUGGGGGAGAAACAACAUUCUUGCCGUAGCUUUGGGUUCAGAAACCUUUCUGUGGAAUUCAGAGAACGGACGUGUACAAAAGUUGUUGCAAGUUGGUGCCGGUGACUAUCCUACAAGCGUGGCCUGGUCGGGGGAUGCCAAAAAGGUGGCGGUUGGGUACAUGCAUUCCAAACUUCAAAUCUGGGAUGCCGAGACUUCCAAACUUAUUAGAAGCCUAAAAGGUCAUAAUGGCAGGAUAGCAGCCACUGGAUGGAAUGGUCACAUUCUAACAUCUGGAAGCCAGGACAAAUCCAUUAUCAAUCAUGAUGUUCGAGCGUCAAAUAAUAUGACCUCACAUAUACAAGUACACACCGAAGAAGUGUGCGGUUUGAGAUGGUCAAGAACGGGCAAUAUAUUGGCAAGUGGCGGUAACGAAAAUCUUAUAUACAUAUGGGAAUCUUCCAAAAUGAGCUCUUCGAAAUUCUUGUUUCGUUUCAAUGACCAUACCGCUGCAGUCAAGGCUCUUGCAUGGUGCCCAUAUCAGUUUGAUAUACUUGCAUCCGGAGGAGGCACAGCAGAUGGUUGUAUCAAGAUAUGGAAUAUACAAAGGGGCAUCUGCAUCAACAGCAUAGAUACCAAAGCCCAGAUUUGUGGACUGGAGUGGAACAGGCAUCACAAAGAGAUCAUGAGUGGUCAUGGCUUCAGCGGGAGGGAGAAUCAGAACAUGCUAUGCUUAUGGAGGUAUCCUUCCAUGACUAAAGCAGGAGAAUUCAAGAGCCAUGCAUCCAGAGUCCUCCAACUUUCCCAGAGCCCUGAUGGUUUGACUGUGGUAUCAGCUGGGGCAGACGAGACUCUUCGGUUUUGGGAGAUUUUUGGACCCCCUAGCAAUGAAGAUUUCCCCAUCUCGGAGCUGAACAGCCUUCUGUCUCUGAAGACAUCACCCCUAAGAUGAUGGGAACAGAAAUACUCAGGUUUUCCCAGGCUUGGUUCCUUAUCCUUGUCAUAUGCAUUAAAUUAUUGUACAAAAGAGCAUAGGUGUCUUUUAGUUCCUUUGUAGAUGAACAGAAAAAAUUCCAUUGGGUAUUGUAAAUGAGAUGAGAGAUGCACAAAAAUUUAGAUAUAUUCUAGUCAUUCUGCAAUAAGAUGAUUACUAAUUUUUGACCUAUUGGAUUGAACUGUAACUGAUACUGAAACAGAGCCCAAAUCAGACCUCUUUAUAAUGUGCACA